UUUUUUCCUCAGCAUCCUGCUGCCAUUGAGUAGGUGCAGCUCGGAGCUGGUGUCGCAGACUGUCUUUUCUUCACGGUUUUCUCUUCGCUACAGAUCGCUGCGUAGUAGACAGCAGUCAUUGCCAAACGAGCAUCGCAAACUGUCUUUCUGGGUCGGUGUGCUCUCCCGCCACAGAGAUGGCCGACCCUGGCCGCUUCCGCUACAUGGACUCGGCGGGGAGGCGCUCGCCUCCCCUCUACAACCCGGCUCGCUCUUCGAUGCCCGUCACCGGCGGCGGUUACGGCCCCCUCUACAGCGGCGAUCUCCAUGCCAUGUCGGCGUCCCAUCACGAAGGCCUCUCCCGCCCCACCGACGAAUACCGCACGAGCGCCGUCCCGGUCAGCACCACCACCUACGCCGUGCGGAAGGAGCCGCUAUCGAGGAGCACCAGUGUGAACGACGGGCCUCGGGCACACCGCGUCUACGACCACAGCGCCAAGCGCCCCGUCAUCGUGACCACGAAACACCAGCCCCCGGCCCCGGCAAGGUCCGGAAGCCCGUCACGCGACCCUUAUCGAUCUAGCGACGAGGGGCAGUAUUAUGCCCAGCCAGCCUCCUCCAUACCGAGAAGCCGAGCUGCCGGCCACAUCCCCUCGAGCGUGGCCAUGGACGAGGAGGAAUACCGGCGCCUGAAGGAGAGGACUCACCAUGACAGGCUGGGAGGCCGCGGCGCCGACCCGUACCGCUCCCCGCCCUCGGGCCCUCUCUACGCCGGUCCCAGUCACCGGGCCAGCAGCUACGAGUACGACGACGAAGGAUACGAGUACACGAAACCGAGCGACCUGGCGAGAUAUGACCUCGACCACGACCACCGUCACAGGAUCCGCCGCGAGAGCAUAGACCGGUACUACCGCCCAACCGUCAGCAUCAGCACGGACCUAGCCCGCCCCUUCGACCGUCCCGACCGGCGAGCGCGAGGCCCCCCGCCAGCAACCAGAGGUUUGGAGAAGAUUGGGUGGAGCCAGGCAACCGGUGGUAUCUAUGACGGCGCCGGAUCCCGUAUGCCUCUUCCGCCAACCGUCCCCUUGGGCCCCGAGGCGCGCCAUUCCGGCCUGCUCGAGACCCCGAGAAGCCCGAGAGAAGAGCAUCGCGGUGGUCCCCGCCCCCUGCCGGUGACCGAGGAGGACCUCCGCCAUCCGCAUGAUGACUAUUACUAUGAGGACUCCCGCGAUCACCACUACUUCCGUGAUGACCGUGUCGCCGCCCGCGGCUUCGGAAUUCUCGUCGACCCGAACGACAUCGACAUAGACGAUUAUCGUCGGCGGCCCGAAAGAGUGUAUCAUGAUGAACGCCCCGAGCGCCGCGGGAAGCGCUACGAGGUCUGCGAGCUGAGGAGGCGGUCAGAUGAUGACCUAGAAAUCAUCAGGCACGAGUACGACGAUCGGGAUUACAAAGGCCCCAGUGAGGACCGCUAUACAAUUGUAGAUGACCGCCCGCGGGCGAGGAGAGAUCGUAGAUCCGAUGACGAAGGCGGCGGCGGCGGCGGCGGCAACGACGAUGACGAUGAUGAACCUAGCAGCAAGAAAGACAAUAAAGUCCGUGACAAGGCUGCCGCUGGUCUCGGUCUUGCCGCCGUUUCUGUCGGCCUCAAGUCCGCGCUGAAACGUAGGGAUGAAAAAGCCGGAGACUCAUCACCCACAAGGAGGCAUGCGGAUGAGGAUGCCGGUCGCCGGGAGCGCGAGGAGGUUGACCAGCGGGACAGACCAGGCCGAAAGGAGCCUCUCCUUGGCGACGAAGAGUUUGAGAUUGUCGAGCAUCCAAAGGAUCGUGAGGAGGAACGAAAGCCAGAAGAAGAGCCAGGGGCGGAAGCCCGGGAAUCCAAAAAGGAUGACGAUGCCGCCGCUUCGCCAUCUCGAGACCACUCUUCGUCCGUGGAUGAUGACGAGGGCAAGGCAAAGCCUCGCCGUCGUCUGAGGGCUUCCUCCUUCAACCCCAACGACACUGCCGCCCUGGCCGAGAUGAAAGCGCGACUCGCCGAACUCAAGGUCGAGGACAAAGACGGUCCGCAGCAGGACGACCGCGCCGGCGACGAAAAGGCACCUCCAGCAGCAAAAGAAGGCUCUCCGGAGCGCAAACCGUCCCCCGUCGAGCGGCGGGAAGCGGACCCGGAUGCCUCCGCCCUGGUCCCCAGGGAUAAUACUGACGACAAGAGCCCACCGCCGCGGGAAGAGAAGCAGGUGCGGUUGGUGACGCCGCCGAAGGAACCUGUCGCGGAAAAGAAGCCAAUCAAGGGCAUCCUUAAGCAACCGCGGGCCCAGUUCCCCGAGGAGCCGAACCCGGUCCGCGAGGGCGUCGCUCCGCACAAGGACGACAAGUCCAAGGCCAACGUGCCGCCCGGCGCGCGGUGGACCAAAAUCAGCCGCAAGCUGGUCAACCCGGAAGCGCUAAGGAUUGGCAAGGAGCGCUUCGAGGUCCGUGACGACUUUGUCAUUGUGUUGCGGGUGCUCAGCAGGGAGGAGAUCCAGGCUUAUACUGCGGCAACCGCUGCACUGAGGGGUAGGGUCCCCCGGUGAUAGCGCCGGAAGAAGGAGUAUGAGCGUGAGAUGCGUGGCGAGGCCGAGUAUGAUGAGGACCGCGACCGCGACCGCGACCGUGACCGUGACCGCGACCGUGACCGUGAGCGUGACCGUGAUCGUGAUCGUGAUCGUGAUCGUGAUGACGACGAGGACGACGACAAGAGGAGGCGGCACCGUCAGCACCACCGGGAAAAGGACGACGACAGGCGUGCCAGAGACCGGGAUAGGGAUAGGGAUCGGGACAGGGAGGAUAGGGAUAGAUAU